UUAUUCUGUUUCUGUGAAUAGUAAACAACGGCCGGGAAAACAAAAAUAUAAAAAGACAAAAUGUGUGAAGGAAAGUUUACCAAGAACACCGAUGAAACCGGAAAGGUGUUCAUUGUCACGGGAUGCAACACAGGAAUCGGCAAGGAGACGGUCCUAGAAAUAGCAAAGCGCGGCGGAACCGUCUACAUGGCAUGCAGGGAUAUGAACCGGUGUAAUGAGGCCCGCGAUGAGAUCAUCAAGGAGACCAACAACCAGAAGAUAUACUCCCGUGAAUUGGACUUGAGUUCCUUCGAUUCCAUUCGCAACUUCGCAGCUGGUUUCAAGCGCGAGCAGGAUAAACUCCAUGUCCUUAUUAAUAAUGCUGGAGUGUCGUUCUGCCCGAGAUCUCUGACCAAGGAUGGCAUCGAAUUGCAGUUUGGUGUUAAUCACGUGGGCCACUUCCUGCUCACCCAUUUGCUGCUGGACGUGUUAAAGAAAACUGCUCCGAGUCGUAUUGUCGUCGUUUCCAGCGCAUUGCACGCCAAAGGAUCCAUUAAUGUUAAUGAUUUGAACAGCAAGAAGUCGUACAGUAAAACCGGGGCCUAUCACCAGAGCAAAUUGGCGAACAUUCUGUUCACUCGGGAAUUGGCUAAGCGCUUGGAGGGAACUGGAGUCACAGUAAACUCCUUGCACCCCGGUGUUGUGGACACUGAGAUAUGGAGAAAUUUGAAUGGCUUUACAAAGGCUAUGACCAGUCCUCUCCGUUGGGCGUUUUUCAAGACAGCAAAGUCUGGAGCGCAGACUUCCUUGUAUGCCGCCCUGGAUCCUGACUUGAAGAACGCGUCUGGUCUCUACUUCAGUGACUGCAAGGCCAAGAAGGUGUCUAAAGCUGCCAAGGAUGACAAAAUGGCCAAGUUCGUGUGGGCUGAGAGCGAGAAGUGGACUGGCGUGGGCGCAUCUUAGGUGGAUUAAUUAAUAGUACCGCCAUAUCAUUAAUUAGUUUUAAUUCGUAUAAUAUUUAAACUGUUAACAAUGUAAAUCAACAUUUUCUCUUCAAACUAAUUAAUGAGAAUUCGUAUUUCCCU